AUGACGUCGACAAGGGGCUUAGAUCACGAAAUCCCCCAAGUAGAUUCCUUCGCGACGCUUUUAAAGGACGCCUUGAAUCAUGCGCAAUCUGUGAAGCCGAGCCCGUCGAUCGAGCCACCGCUCACAAAGGUCGAUUUCGAUAGCCUACUUGCGCGACUUCCCACCAUAUUCCCCUGCGCGGAUCCGGACCAUACCUCGGAUAAUGUAGCCUCCGAGAAAGCUCGCCAAUACGCGGUCGUGGAAACAGCCGCGCGAAAUUUGUUUGGCAGCCUAGUUGCUGGAACUUCAAUCGACUCUCCCGAAUUCGUCCAAAUCUGGAACCUCUUUGACUUCUUGUCGGUCUUGUCUGACGAGGAACAAUGCGAUGCUGCCCUCCUUUUUUGGCUUGUGGAAGAACUUCUCGACAGCCAAACGACCGAAGGAUGUCGCAAAAUAUUCGAUUUCUUAGAAUCGCGAAGAGAACAAAUCAUUGCACAAAACCUGAAUUCGAAGAAGUUGGUUAUUCUUCGGUCAUGCAAUGACCUCCUUCGUCGAUUGUCCCGUGCCGAGGAUACGGCUUUCUGUGGUCGGGUCUUCAUCUUUAUGUUCCAAUGUUUUCCUCUGGGAGAUAGAAGCUCGGUAAACUUACGUGGAGAAUACCAUGUAGAGAAUGUCACGACGUUUGAGGAAACCCCAGCCGAAGCGGACGAUUCAGCGGAUAAGAUGGUAGUGGACACGGAAGCGGAACCCUCAAAGGACGGCAAAGAAGAGAAUAAGUCUACAACCAAAGCCGUUUCGUUCGAUGCAAAAAAUAAGCCAUCAGCCGAGAAACCCCUUGAUACGAAUGCCUUGUAUCCUAUCUUCUGGUCCCUCCAACAUUACUUUAGUCAACCCACGGCACUCUUUGAUACAAUUCAAUUAGCCAAGUUCAAGACUGGCUUGGAAGCAACCAUGAAUGCGUUUGAGACGGUUGAUAAAAUGCAGAGGAGCACAAAGGGUUCUGAUGACAGCAAGAUAACACCUCAAAAGAGAAAACACUCAGAAGGCGACGAAGACCUUCGCAGUAGCACCAACAACCCUAAGUACCUCACAAGCAGAGAGCUAUUCGAAUUAGAGAUCGGCGAUCUGUACUUCAGACGUCAUAUCCUCAUACAGGCUUUCAUCGUGCUAGAUUUCCUACUAUCUCUCACACCCCAGGCCCGAGCGAAGCUCGCCAACAUCAAAGCUCAAAACCGGUCAGUCAUCUAUAGUGAUCAGAAACUGGGAGAUGAAGAUGCAAAAUGGGCAAGAUCUAUGAAAGAAAGAAUCACCACUUACAUCCAAGCUGAAAAUGAUGGAUAUUUCUUCUUCCGCGUCGUUGAGAGUGUCAUCUCGAGAGACAAGGGCUGGGUCCGUUGGAAAGUCGAAAGUUGCCCUCCUAUCAAGCGAGAUCCUGUUUCGCCUGACGAUUUCAAUGAAGCAAAAGCCAGUGCCAAGCGAAUCGCGACCAAUAAGAGAUUGCGACCUAUACCUAUGGGUUCGCUCUCUUUGGAAUUCUUGAAAGAAGAGGAUAGCGAGGUAGCCAUGGAGAAAUUGAAAGAUCCAGAAAGAUGGAAACUUCCCGAUCUAGGAGUCUUCAAAGAGAAGAUAGCUAUGGACGAUCUCGACCUCGAUUUCGCAAAGAAUGAGAAAGAAAAGUCCGAAAUACUUGAAGCUAAGGCUAGCAAGACAUGGAGAGCGCUACGAAUUGCUAGGAGGUCAAACCUUGCCUCGUUCGACAAGAUUGAUGAUUGGCAGAAGGUUGAUGUCAUUUUCCAGGAGCCAUCAAAUUCAGCAGACGAAGCUGAGGGUGCGCAAGAGAACGGCCAAUCCCCAGAAGAUAAACGACCAAUCAUCAUAACGGGUCCAAGCCAAGUUGGCAAAUCAACAUUAAUCUCUACGCUUUUAGAGAAGCAUCAGGAUGUGUUUGGAAAAGUUAUCCGACACACUACACGAAGUCCAAAGGACGGAGAAGUUGACGGGCAGGAUUUUCACUUUGUGGAUUCCAAGGCGUUUAAUACUAUUUUGGAUGGGGACUACUUUAUUGAAUUCAGCAGCCAGGAUGGAUCCGAUUACGGGACCAGCCGGAACGUUGCUGAGGCUCUAAAGGAAUCUGGGAAGGUUCCUGUGAUCCAAUUAGAUCGCGAGGGCACGCAAAUGGCCAAGGAUAACGGUUACUCUGCGCGGUUUAUUUUUAUUUCCCCGCCCAGCAUUGAGGAAUUAGAAACUCGAUUGAGGAAAGUGGAUGGUAUGACUGAAGAAGCUAUACAAAAUGUAUUGAAAACUGCUCUGGAGGAUAUAGAGCACGCCAAGUCGAGUGAUUUCUACGAUGCUGUUAUCACAAACGAUGAAUUGGAGGAAGCAUAUAAGGCUAUCGAGACGUUCGUAUUUGGUGCCUCGGGCAAAAUGAAUGGCGUCAACGGGGAUACCUCUGCUACGGAAGGUGAUGUAGCAAUGGGAGACGCAGCGAAUGUCGAGGAAGUAGAACCAUAA